GUCCACGCACGAGAGCAGUAUAGAGUCAUUCAGCAGAGAAGCAUGAAAUAAUUAUCUGAACGUCACACACAUUCAUCGCCCGGAGAACCAUGUUCGGUAAAAUCGACCCGUCAAUGUUCCUCUUCGAUGUUCCUCCAUUGCUUAUGGGGACUUUCUGUAAACUGAUGGACAGCGGCGUCGAUGAACUGGGAUGGCGAGGUUUAGCUGCUCGCAUCCUUCCUAGUCUGUUGGAAGUGAGGUGCAAUGAAAUGUACGCGACUGCAGGGAAAAGUCCGACCCAAGAGCUCAUGUGGUCGUGGGCACAGCAGAAUAAAACAGUGGGAGAUCUGCUGAAGGUGCUGGAUGAUAUGGGUCAUGUUCAUGCCAGGAGUCUUUUUCAGUCGCAAGAUUCUUGUGUGAUGAAGUCAUCCUCACCCCCUCUGUUUCCCAUGUACCUCUCAGAUAAUGAAAAAUCCAUUCAAAUCUCAGCUCUUCAUCCAGAGUCUGUGUCUGUUAAAGGCGAAAAACAGAAGUAUUCGGUCACUUAUUCAGACAUCUUAAAUGGAACCCGAAAUUUCCAUCAGGACUUGAAAAUUGGAGCUAGUGCAUUUGCAGAGGUCUACUGCGGAAGAUGGGGAAACAAAUCCAUUGCUGUGAAAGUGUUCAAAAAGGAAAAUAAAGCUACUUGGAAGACAUUGUGGGAAAAAUUCACAAAAGAGAUUGAAGUUCUACAACUCUACCAGCAUCCUAAUAUCUUGGAGCUUUGGGGCUGCUUUUCAGAGGGAGAUCGCUUCUGUUUAGUUUAUCCAUUCCUUCAUAAUGGAUCAUUGUUCCACAGGCUUCAUGAGGAAGUCGUGAAGCCUCUGUCAUGGCAGGAGAGGCUGAACAUCAUCAAAGGCACUGCAAAGGCAGUUCACCAUCUACACACUGCACAACCCUGCAUGGUUAUUUGCGGAAACAUUACAAGUUCAAACAUUCUCUUGGACGAGCACCUACAGCCCAAAUUAUCCGAUUUUGGAUUAGCUCAUCUGAGACCCCACUCAGUUGACCAGAGCUGCACCAUCGUCAUGGACAAUGCCUCCCAUAGCAACCUUGCCUAUCUCCCAGAGGAGUACAUCCGUGAUGGCAAGCUGUCAGUCAAACUAGAUGUUUAUAGCCUUGGCAUGGUUAUACUAGAGACAUGUACAGGACAGAAGGUUAUCCAAGAGUCAGCAAAGAUUCUGUUUUUGAGAGAUGUUCUGAGAUCAGAGUUAGAGGAGAAAGGCUGUGUGGACGCCUGUCUGCGGUUUUUAGAUCCCAAAGUGGAACACUGGCCUUCUGCGGUGGCACUCUGUCUGCUCCGAAUUGGGCUUGAGUGCACCGCCAGCAAAAUGCGAUUUAGGCCUAGCUUGGAAAUGGUGCUUCAGAUGUUAAGCCAACUCCUUCCCAUUCCUGCUCCUCCUGAGGACCAGCCACGCACCCUAGAAGAUGAGAUCCCUCCUCAGGGGUUCCACUGUGUCCACGUUCCGGGUCUCAGUCUGCCUACUGAAGAUGAUGAAAUGUUCAGACCCCUGGAGGAAACUCAGCCUCCCAGAGUCGCCAAACUGUCAGGACCCCGUGAGUGCAGCCAGUCUGAGGUCACCUUCCUGAGUGUUGGAGAACAUUUCCACAGGGAGUCUUUCCUGGAAAGUGACAGAGUGGUUUCAGCAGCACAGAGCUUACAGUCGGACUCUGUUCCUCACCUGGACUUAUACGGGAGUUGGCCUGUGGAGUGCAGCUGUUCCACUGGCGCUGAAGCACAGGGGUGUGAGGACUGCUGUGCUAAUGGCUUCAGUCAAUCUGUUUUUUAUGUCACUCAAGAUGAUGGUGCCCAGCCCUGUCAGAGUAACAUCAAGAAUCCAGCAAAAGAGAAAAUGAGGAAUAAAAUUCACCUGUACAACCAAGGGCUGAUAAAAACAGAAGAACUUCUUUCACUAAAGUCAGACUGAUUAACCAUAACAGUAAAUGGGACAACUCUAUAAAAAGUAAACUCUUUGGGACUCAAACCAGAUUUGAACUACCUUUUUACCAGACACCCAUACAUGCUUCGUAUAUUUCAUGUUCCUGACAAAUCCAGCAAAUACGAUCUGAAUUAUUAUGUUUCAUUUUUAACCAAUGAAAAUACUGUAUUAUUCUUCUCAUACAAAUUGAUUUUUAUUAAAUUAAUUAUUUUAUAAUUUAAUGUGAAAAAUAAAUGUUUUAUAUUUUCA